UGAGCAGUACAGACAAUGGCGUCGAACUACUACUCUGCUCAGAUAAAGCAAUGCCUUGAGUUCGGAACUAGAAACCAAAGCCGCCACUUGAAAACCAUCCACGGACACAUCAUCAAAACCCUUCUCUAUCCAGAGACAAUCCUACAUAACAAAAUCAUCCACGCGUAUGCGAAAAUCAGAAACUCAACUUAUGCUCGCCGAGUGUUCGACGGAAUUCCCCAACCAAACCUCUACUCCUGGAACAGUCUCCUCAUGGCCUAUUCUCAAUCCGGGCAUCAUCUCUCAGAGAUGGAACGUACCUUCAAAAGGCUUCCAGAACGUGAUGGUGUCUCCUGGAACUUGCUAAUCUCCGGCUACUCCCUGAGUGGGCUUGUGGGUGAAGCCGUCAAGGCUUAUAACACGAUGAUGAAAGAUGGGUCUGGUGAUUUUUUGACAAGGGUUAGCGUGAUGACAAUGCUGAAACUUUGUUCCGACAAUGGGCGUGUUGGUUUGGGGAAGCAAGUUCACGUGCAGGUUGUGAAACGUGGGUUUGAGUCUUAUCUUUUAGUUGGGAGCGCGUUGAUGGAUAUGUAUGCUAAAGUUGGUUGCAUCUCUGAUGCAAAGACGGUUUUCUACGGUUUAGAGGAUCGAAACACGGUUAUGUACAAUUCGCUGAUGGGAGGGUUGCUUGCGAGUGGAAUGGUCGAAGAUGCUAAGAAGCUGUUUCAAGGGAUGGAGAAAGAUUCAGUCUCUUGGACAGCUAUGAUCAAAGGGCUUUCUCAAAACGGACUGGAGAAAGAGGCUAUAGAGUUUUUCAGAGGGAUGAAGAUGGAAGGGUUGGCGAUGGAUCAGUUUACGUUUGGGAGUGUGCUACCUGCUUGUGGGGGAAUAGGAGCGAUAGAGGAAGGGAAAAAGAUUCAUGCUUGUGUUAUCAGGACCAAUUUUCAGGAUAACAUAUACGUAGGGAGUGCUCUCGUUGACAUGUACUGCAAGUGUAAGUGUAUAGACUACGCAAAGACUGUUUUUGAUGGGAUGAGGCAGAAGAAUGUUGUGUCUUGGACAGCGAUGGUUGUGGGUUAUGGCCAGUGCGGUCGUGCUGAAGAAGCUGUUAAAAUGUUUUUGGAAAUGCAAAGAAGUGGAGUUGAACCAGAUCAUUAUACGCUUGGACAAGCGAUCAGUGCGUGUGCCAACAUAUCUAGCUUAGAAGAAGGCUCCCAGUUUCAUGGAAAAGCUGUAGUGUCUGGCUUUGUACAUUACGUCAUCGUUUCAAACUCGCUGGUGACUCUGUAUGGAAAAUGUGGGAACAUCGAUGAUUCCACUAAGCUGUUCAACGAGAUGAGUUUCAGGGAUGAAGUCUCUUGGACCGCGAUGGUUUCCGCGUAUGCUCAAUUUGGAAGAGCCAUCGAGGCUAUUGAUUUGUUUGACAGAAUGGUACAACAUGGACUAAAACCUGAUGGAGUGACAUUGACCGGUGUUAUCUCAGCUUGUAGUAGAGCAGGGCUAGUGGAGAAAGGACAGAGAUAUUUCGAGUUAAUGACAAAUGAAUAUGGAAUAGUACCGAGUAAUGGUCACUAUUCUUGCAUGAUCGAUCUCUUCAGUCGAUCUGGAAGGUUAGAGGAAGCCAUGAGUUUCAUAAAUGGGAUGCCUUCUCCCCCAGAUGCGAUUGGUUGGAUCACUUUACUCAGCGCAUGUAGAAACAAAGGUAACUUAGAGAUAGGUAAACAGGCGGCUGAAUCACUCAUAGAACUAGAUCCUCAUCAUCCUGCUGGCUAUACCUUAUUGUUAAGCAUAUAUGCUUCAAAAGGGAGAUGGGACUGUGUGGCAAAGUUAAGGAGGGAGAUGAGAGAGAAGAAUGUGAGAAAAGAACCUGGACAGAGCUGGAUCAAAUGGAAAGGGAAACUGCACAGUUUCUCAGCGGAUGACGAGUCAAGUCCAUACUUAGAUCAGAUAUAUGCUAAGCUCGAGGAACUGAACCAAAAAAUCAUAGAAGAUGGUUAUAAGCCUGAUACUAGUUUUGUUCAGCAUGAUGUUGAGGAAGCAGUUAAAACAAAGAUGCUGAACUAUCACAGUGAAAGACUCGCCAUUGCUUUUGGGUUAAUAUUUGUACCCUCUGGCCUACCUAUCAGAGUAGGGAAAAACCUUAGAGUGUGUGUGGAUUGCCAUAUUGCCACUAAACAUAUCUCCAGAGUCACUGGUAGAGAGAUAAUUGUUAGAGAUGCUGUUAGGUUUCACCGUUUUAAAGAUGGAACUUGCUCAUGCGGAGACUUCUGGUAGGCAUGAUGAUUCCUCACUGCGAAUCUAACAAAAUCAGAACAGAGUAGGGAAGUUUCAGUUGUUCUGCAAGCUCGAAUGCUUGGAAUAGGAGCCGCUCCAUCACCUACCUGAAGACUUUAACAGAUAGAAGAGGAACAACAGGAUUCUAAAGCUGAUCAGUUAACUGCACGGAGCUCCAGUUGAGUGAAUUGGCCAAGAGAUUACAACAAGGCGCAUCCAUAUAUAGUUCAGCUACAAGAUUGAAAAAGAUGGAGAGCAUAGAUGAGCUUUUAGCCACUCGAGGCAUCCAAUGUUGAAGGGAAAAGAGAUAAAAGACUAUGGCCCAAGAGGGUUCACAACAGGAAAAAAGAGGUACAUCAUUUGAGGCUCAUACAGUGUAGUUGUGAAUCUCACUAAGAUGCCAACGAGACCUUCGAGGAAAUCAGUUGCGUACCUGCUUGUUCGCGUUCCACUUCUCUGAAUCAGAUGGAUUGCAUGCAGGAUUUCAGACACUAUGCUCUCGUUGACAAGUGCUAGGUUAAGAGUCAGAUUUUGGUGAGGCAGUUUAGCAAGUAACUUGGC